CUCCUGUGUACGACUUCUAUAUAUAGGGCUUCUUUCUGUGAAAACAGAGUCCAGAUUUGUGCUAAAUAGGAAUAUACCUUCUUUAGCAGCUCUACCGUGUUCUUCGUUUAACUAACGCUAUCCAAGUGCUCUCAUAUUGCUCAGCAAAUCUUAAGUCUGGACGUUCUUGGUUCCAAGAUAUUUCCGAAACAGAGUUUGCCAGUUGAGCCCCUAGCAAACCGCAUCUUCAGCAAAUUGCACCUUCUCAGCAAAUUAUACUUUUUCCCAAUCCUACGGACGCAAUUUGCUUUAUAUUGAGGUCUCUUGCUAAAUAUAUAUAUAUUCUUGAUUCCACCGCUUAGUCAGCUAACUUAGCAACCCAUCCUUAGUCGCCUUUUCUCACCGCCAGCGUCGUCUAACCGAAUCAACCACCUUCCCCUAUGGCUUUUUCCAAAUUUUUCAGCCGGUCACGGUCGGGUACCCCGCCGCCACCGUCAGCCGAUACCUACAAGCCCCAGCUCAGCUCGCCUUUAAGAGAAUCCACCAACAGAAAUGACGAUCCCUUUGAGUCUCCUUAUGAAACGCUUGUUUCCCAAUCGCCCACCCCGCAGUUGUCUGUGCCCCGCAGUCGUCGCGAGUCGCGUCUCCCCUCUCCGGUUAUUCGUCAAUCAUUGGUAUUCGCGUCUCCAGACGAUGACGACAUGGGCACCUGGGAGCUUCCGUCUGACGUACCGGAGCAGUUGAUUCCCAUCGUCACCUUGAUGAACGCCCAGCAGAUCCGUGUUUACAGAGAGGGAAAGUUUCAGAUUCCGGUCGGCAAGUUUAGCUCUCCUAAUCCAGCCGGCAGCUUUAACGCUGCCUCCUGGACGGACGUGAGGGGGCAGUUGUGCGGAAACGAAUUGACCAUCUGGCCGCUGAGCCAGAAUCUCUCCGACGACUCGGUCUACAUCAACAUUAUCGAUGCGCAUGUUCAGGCGAUCCCAAAUGAGUUGAAGAUAGUGGUAUCGACCGACCUGUUUGCGUCGUACAGCAUGAAAUUUUCCACGGCCAAGAGAUUCGAGAGCUGGCUUGCGGCAUUCAAGCUCUCGCAGUUCGAGUACAUUUCAUUGAACGAGGCCUUCACCGCAACGGUGGUUGCCUGGAAGGGGCUCGGCCUCUCCGAUAUCUCGUACUUAUUGAACAGCAAGCACGGCGCGCGGGACUGGGUGGACAUCCGGUUGCCCCACCUUCUGUCCAAGUGGGUGAAGUGCUACAUGGUCAUCAGCGACUCGCCUAAUAAGAAGAAAAGCGGACGGGUGGAGCUCUAUGCCAGUGACAAGAUCUCCAAGAAGAACUUGGUUGCGCACGUAGAGAAUGCUUUCGCCAUCUUUAACGUUUACCCACAAACGCACAAAGUGGUGGAUGAAAAUGGAAUGUUGAAGCUCCACGGGGGGAUCAAGGUGAACGAAAAGUACCUCGACCUCUUUGCGCACUCGAGCGACGAUUCCCGCAAACGCAGAUCGCUCUCCGUGCGGAGAUCCUCUGACGUCCAGCCUCCGGCUUUCCACUUUGCGCACUCCAGGACCGUCUCCACGUCUUCGGCUGUCUCUGUUUCCUCGGACGGUUCGUCUUCUCCCGCGCUUAACGGCAAGAAGAAGGAGGCCAAGCAUAAGUACCAGACGUUUCAGUCACUCUACAUCAUGCCCAAGCGCCACGGUUCAGUCAAGAACGUCGAAACCAUGAUCAGGACGUAUUUGCCCCUCAUCAGCAGCUUCAAGUUGUAUGGGAAGCCAGACCAGUUGUUGUCCUCUAAAAAGGAGCCGGAUUCGUUGUUGUUUGCCAUGCCGCACUUGCCCAAGAGUCAGUACCUCUCGUUCAGGGAUGCGGAACAGGUUAUCAACUCCGGUCUAGGAGGCUUGUUUUCCUCCAAUGCGGGUGAGAUCAUGUACUGGCGCAACGCCUUCAAGGCCACGCUUCUCGCGAUGAUCAACAGCCCUGAGGGGUUUCACGGCUGCGGACACCUCUCGGAAAUCUACUCGUCUGAUGAGAUGGAUAACGUUCAUGCCAGCAGAUCGUCUUCGUCGAUUGUUGGAGGAAUACCAAAGAGUAAGCGUCACAGCAAGAUUUCCGGUAGGUACGGUUUGAGCCAGCCAGUGGCGGAUGACUUUGUCCGCCAGGUGGAUGAGCUCAUCAUCGACAAACAGCAGGGCAAGACUCGCCCUGGAGCGACAAUUGCCAUGGGUAACGGUUUCUAUUCCGGGUCAUCGCCAUCCACUAGAGGUGAGGUCUACCAGCGCCAGUCACCACCUCUGUCGCCAAGAGGCCAGAGCUUCUACAACGCCGACGACUCGUCGUGGCAGUCAAAGCGCGAUCGCGUGCCACAUCCGUUUGCGCAGGAGCCGUACAGAGGCGUGGAAACCGAGCUCGGAAAGAGCUCAUCAUCUUCGUUGCCUAGCACCAUCUCUUCUGGAGUGGUUCCUCCGUUGAGCGAAUUGCCCAACAAGGUCUUUCAGAGGAGACGAAACGACAGCAGCAAUCUGGGGUUGAGUCAGGAAAAAUCAUCCUUGGUAAUUGUGUAGCCCAUCCUUUGCAUAGUUUUUUUUCUCCCACUUUUCUUUAUAUCGUUUUUUGUCAUCUUUUCAGUAUUUGUUUAACGGGUAUGUUUUUUUUUUGCAUGAAUUUCAUUAUUUCG